GGCAACCUUUGCCGUCAUUGGCUGGCGCGCUGGCUCCUGACCAAUCAUCGUUAGGCCGCCGUAACACUCGAUCCCGCCUUAUGUCUUUUCUCGUACAGCGUCUUCUCAAUCUGGUUAGGCUUCUAGCUACCUAAGAGCCUCACCUUGGCUUUUGGCACUUCACAUGGACAAUAUAUAAUACCUACGAAGACUAUGGAUAACCUUCCGUCGGAGGCCUCUGGAUAUGAACGCUUUCUAUCCCGGAUUAGCGUAUCCCGACCAGUCACGAUGAAAAAUGAGUGCGCCAGCGAAACGAUAUGCCACCUUUCAAGAUUGGACAAGGUUACAGGCGGAUAUCAUGCGCUUGUACCUCGACGAAGAUAAGACCCUAGAAGAGGUCAAGUCGUACAUGGAGGAACAUCAUGAAUUCUUUGCCACUGUAUCGAUGUAUAAGAAGAAAUUCACAACAUGGGGUGCCUUUAAAAACCUUCGAUUGGAUGAGGUUCUCCAGAUCCUUCAUCUGAAGAAGCAACGUGAUGCAGACCAGAAACAAUCCCUGUUCUUUAUCAGGGACAGAGAGGUUGACCAUUGCAGCCUUCAGGUCUAUCUAUCACGAAAUCCUAGCGUUUUCGCAAAGCUUGAAGCUGGUGUGGAACCAAGCCCAGAAGCGAUUCGAGAUGUUAGCUGUCGAACUCCUCCUUCACCCGUAUCUCCGUCAUUAUCUUCAAAACGACUUUCCCCAUCACUGAGAACUCCGUCACCCAGAACUCCAUCUAGAUCUCCAUCACCGGUAGUGCAAUGUAACAGGCUCUCCCCUGUUCCCGAGGACAUGCUCCGGGCGCUCCACACUUAUCUAGACCAGUCAUUUGAGUCGGGCCUUUGGUCUUGGUCAGAAAGUUCUUGUUGGAAUACCCGCGGACGAAAUGGCCCCGCAGGGCUUCUAAGUGCAGUUCUUGAUAGGUGCAUAACAGCAGGGUUAUCGAUGACCCGUCAAGUGGAACCAGCUACCGUUCGCCGCGCUCUUGACGUCCCCUUCGCGAUGUUAACCAGAGUUUUCAAAAACCCUCCGCCCAUAAUGAUUCCUAAAUUAGUUUCGGCAGCCGCCCAUUUAAAUCGUGUUGGACGUGGAGAAAUCGGGAGUCUACUCCUACAAUUUUGUCGAGAUCUAACAGUGACACUGUUUGGCCAGGGUCAUCCUCUUACGAGGUUCUGGACCGGCCUCAUGUCGAUCCCUCAGCUCGAGCAGCAGGAUGCCAUGGGUCGGGUAUUAUCGCUAUGUGUAUCCGAAUAUGGCACGCGAUUAGGAGAGGCUCACCCAUUGACCAUUGAAGCAUAUCUUAAAUAUUUCGACACGGUGGAGCGGGAGAAAGAUCCACGGGUACAGCUACAGAGCCUAAAUCAUCAGCUAUCAAAGAUUGAUAAAGAUUUUGCUGACGGAUCUUUACUUGGCUUACUCAAAUUAGAACACGCCCUGGCUACUUGCAAGUUGAACUUGGAACAACAGCGUUUGGACAAGGCCGAAGAGGCUCUGGUUCGGUUAAACCCUAGUUUGCUUGCGGCUAGAGAUGAAGCUUUUCGGUGCAUUUGGCUUGGGUACAUCCAAUGCCUCAGAGGAAAUCAUCCAGCGGCUGAAAGUUUCUAUAAAAAUUCGGUAUUAGCGGCGAAGCGGACCGGGUCGCGGGACUGUGUGCUCGAAGCUCUCUUCCAACUUGAAACUUUCUUCUUACAUUACAGGAAACCGUUGGAAGCAGAGAGAGUUCGUGCCGAGAGAUUUCGUGUACUUCGCAGGGAUUCUAUCAUCUGGACAGAUCAGGAGCGCUCGCCACAAUCUAGGGGUUCUACCCCGGGCCCUUCAGUUAUGAUAUUACAUAUCGGCUCUGAUGACUCCAGCGCCAGAUGGCGUCCUUCGGCUUUUACUGAGAUAACGGAGUAUGUUAAUGCAUCGCACGUCUUUCCAUGACAUGCAUAUGGGUUCCAAAACGUCAUUUAGGGUUCAUCUUACGAAUUAAAUACUUAAUAUUUGCCCUUACUAUUCCUAACCUUCUGAUUGUUAAUACAAUCAUCCAUUGGGUAUAUUCAGGGAUAUGAAGCAAGUUCCCAAUCGCAGUGUUGUAAUGACCAGAGUGCCGUGGAGUACCAUGGAGUUCGAUCCUGCCGGUCAAUCAUUUCAGCCGAAUCGCAUCGCGAGCACCCCGAAAACAAGACAAGAUGAACUCUCAAUUGCUAGCUAGGUGAGAUUUAGUCAUGGGACGAUGGAGAAUGUCCAACAUUUGAAGAGCUGUCAUCAUGCUUCCUCAGAGAACUAGGAUUCACAAACUCAUCGCCACU